AUGCAAACUUAAAUUGCUAACAAGGAGAAUAUCAGUGAUACUACAACAUCUCCUAAAUCCCUUGAAACUCAGCCUUUUGGAGAUUAGAAAGCAGUACUAUAAGAUUCAAACUAGCCUGCUAAAGAUGUCCUAUGGGUUGGAGGAAAUAAUCAAAAUGUAGAUUUGCGUUCAAACUUCGAGCGAUUCAAAAAGCAGAAGGUAGAAUAGAUCAAGUACAGAAAGUAUGUAACUGAGAAAAGCACUGUUGACAAAAAAGAUCCAGCUGUUAAGGAAAGACUCCGACAGAAAUUCCUUGAGACUGCCAAGAAGUACUUCGGUAUCCCAUACGCUAAGCACUACUGGAAGCCAGGUGAAUAGUACUAUGAUGCUCCACUCUUCCUUGAUUGCUGUGCUUUAGUCAGAUAAAUUACCUAUGACAUGAGGGAAGAAUUAGGAUUCUACCUCGAUAGAUGGAACCAAGCAUAUUAGUUUGAUACUUUACCAGUCGCUCUUAAGUUUGAAGAACUAAAGCCAGGAGAUCUUAUCUUCUAUAGUGGCAUUUACUAUAACACUAAACUUAGAGGCUAAAGACAUAAUAUGGUUCAUGUUGAGAUCUUCACUGGUGGUCCCACUGGUGAGUAAUCUAUAGGAGCAAGGUGGCAAAGAGGCGUGGUAUAGUACUUUGACACAUAUAAAUUUGAGUCAAAGUCUUAUCACAGCAUUGAGUUCCAUUAUAGAUCCAUUGAUACCUGGCUUGAGGGAAUUUGCAAGUCCUUUUGCACAGUGCAUGAAUGGAGAAACUGGAAAGUUUUCUGGGUUCCAGACAAAAAGUCCAUCUUCAGCUCGGAAGAAGAGAAAUACGACGAGAAUGACAUGGAUGCUCCUCUACUUGAUCUUGAAGAAGAAGAUGAUGCUAAUUUAACUGAGACUUAAGCAAUGGAAUAGAAACUCAAGCAAGAAUUCAAAAAGGAACAAAAGUUCUUUAUUGGUAUUGGCAAUAAUCCAAGAUUAGCUAGAGAUGCUCUCUGUUAAUAAGGUUUCAAAGAAAUGGGUAAAGGGAUGUAAUUCUCAAAUUAAUACAGAUAUAAAUGGACUCAAACAUCACAAGAAGUCAACUAUCAUAAGUUUGUUGAAGGGGAGCACAUAGUGAAUCAUAUUUCAAAUGCCAAGAUUUUCACUAAUAAGAUCACAACACUUGAGACCCUUGAAUACAUAAAAUUAGCUUUAGAAGGAGGUUAGUUGACAUCCUACCUCAGACUAUCUGAUUUCUUUCCUGAAACAUAUAGACUAGAUGUUGUCGCCGAUUUAAUGAAAUUCUUAAACUCCAAGACAAAGGGAUUCUGGUUACUAAAAAAGGCUUAAUCAAAUCAAGGUAAAGGAAUUAAACUUAUCGCAGACAUUAAGAAAUUUAAGGAUGAUGUUUUGACAAUCAAGAGUGAUGAUGAAGAGGUAAAAGACUCAACUGAAAUCUUAAUGUAAAAGUUAAAGUCUCUGGGGAUUGAGACUGAGAAUGAAAACUAGCAAAUAAUUUAGCAGUCAAAUAUUCCAGAGGCUAAAAAGAAGAGAUGGACUGAUAUGAAUCUCCUUGUCAAAGAGCUUAAGGAGCAGGUUGUUCAGAAGUACAUGGAGAACCCUCUAUUAAUUGAUGGAAGAAAGUUUGAUAUUAGAGCUUACAUGGUUAUCAUCUGUAUGAAGCCUUAUCUCGUUCUUUAUAAUCACGGUUAUGUUAGACUGUCUCUUAAUAAGUAUACUACAGAGAAUUUUGAAAAAGAUAAGAUCACUCAUCUCACUAACAAUUCUGUUCAAAAGAAUCACCCUGAUUAUAAAGCUUUGAAAGACAGUUCAAUAAUGAGUGUGGAUAAUCUAGCUAAUAUUCUCAUUGAGCAAGGAGUCAUCAAUACGAGAGAGGAAUAUCAUGACAAAAUUGAAACUAAAUUGGUAGAGAUCAUGAGACUUGUAUUCAUGUAAGUUUAAGAUAAACUUGAUAAAAAGUUUGGCUGUUUUGAACUUUUUGGAUUCGAUUUCAUGAUUGAUAUUGAACUCAAUCCAUACUUGAUUGAAAUUAACACUAACCCAGCACUCUUCACAGACACAACAGUCCAAAAGGAUAUGCUUCCAAAGCUUGUUGAGGAUGUUAUUAAAAUGUCUCUAGAUGUGCACCCAUUGGGAUAAAAAGAGGCGCCAGAAGAGGUCAGAGCUUUAGUUAAUUCUGGACUCAAAGAGCUCUAACUUCCUUAUGAAAUUAUAUACUCAGAGCUAUAGUGA